GGCUUUACAUUAAAGUCGAACCCAUGUCAGAAUGUUCACAAUGGAGAGUGUGAUAAAGUUUUUUCACAGAAGUCGAACUUUAUCAUACAGCAGAUGAUUCACGCUGGAAAGAAACCAUUUCAUUGUGAUGAAUGUGACUACGUUUUUACACAUAAGAAAAGCCUUAUCAGACACCGGAUGGCUCACAUGGGAAAGAAGCCAUAUCAGUGAUUCGAAUGUGACAAAGCCUUCACAGUGAAGUCAAACCUUACCAGACACCAGAGGAUUCAAACUGACAAGAAACCGCAUCAGUGUUCUGAAUGUGACAAAACUUUUAUACAGAAGUCAGGACUUGCAGCACACCAGAGGGUUGACACUGGAGAGAAGCCGUAUUGAUGUUUAGAAUGUGACACAGGUUUUGUACAGAAGUCAGAUCUUAUCAUGUACCAGAGGUUCCACACCGGA